CCGUUCCUCGCAUCGUCUUCCUCCUCGAUCGUGCUAGGGUUUGCAGAUUUACAGUUUAUCGUCGUCUCUUCCCGCAGGGCAUUCACGCCGGAGGCCAUAUUCUAGAUGCGUAAAAAGUGCGAUUUGUAGAGAAAAGACACGAUAGAUUAUCUGAAUUCUUUGUUUUUUGGAUUUCGUUUGCUCGUGAGAUCCAGUAACAUCAAUCAUAUCAUGCGGAACGAUAAUAUCAACGGGAAGGAUGCUAUUUCUUCUGAUUCUGUCAACGAAGUUGUUCCUGGGUCAAUAUCGGAGGGGAAACAGGAAGUGACUGAAAUAAAGGCCCAAGUUGAUGCCAUGUGGCAAAACAUGAAUAAAGGAGUAUCUAGCAAGAUUCUCAGAAGUAUUGUUAGCAAACAUAAUUCCACUGCCAAGAAAACUGCAAAGAAGACAUCCACUAAUUGGAUGUCUUAUUUGGGCAUGGCACCAAAGGUAACUGAAUCCCUUGGGCAAGAUGCAUCCCAGAAGGGAACUGUCACUAUGGAGAGCAAUACAAGUGAUGAAGCCAAGAAACUUGCUGCUGCUGCUCUGGCAGCAGUUAAAGAUGACGCUGCUGCUGCUGCUGCAGCAGCAUCAAGCAGAGGGAAAAUUUCAAUCACGGAAGUUCGGGACUUUGCUGGUAAAGAAAUUGAAGUUAAAAAGCUUGUCGAUGCUGAUUCAAAAGAGGCAAUAGAAAGAACCAAAGCUCCUGCAGCUUCUGCUGUGGAUGUUAUGCUUGAACAAAUUAAGAAAAAACAGAAGCUCAGUGUACUUGAUAAGACCAAAAUGGACUGGGGAGAAUUCAAGGAAGAAAAUAAGGGAAUGGAAGAGGAGCUUGAUGCUUACAAGAAGAGUUCAAACCAGUAUCUGGAUAGGGUUUCCUUCUUGCAGCGAGCAGAUUACCGUGAGUUUGAACGAGAAAGAGAUGCACGCUUGGCUUUGCAAUCAAGAAGGCGGCCAGACAUGCGAGAAGAUCCAGAUGAUUGAAGGAUGUCUCGAGUUGCUAGUCUUAAGGAUUAUGGAUGGAUUUGGUUGGAAGUUGAUUUCCAAGGGGCGAGCUAUGGUCCCA